UAUUCUCAGUUAUGCAGGCUUAUGAUGUGCAUCUCUUGCCAGACUUGCUGUUUCUUCUCACAGCCCUUCAGUCCCCGUUGACACUUCAUUUGGCCAAGGCCCGGUCUUCUGUCUCUUCUUUGCCUGUACAACUGAUGGGUGAGCACUCUGCUCUCUGGUUCAUUUUAAUUCCUGGUAGUCUGGUUUCUGUUGUCUUCACUUGACCAAAGCUGCUGUCCUCCAAACGGCUAACUGAAUUUCCUCUCCAACAUCAUUGGCAGCCUUUUGAGUAAGUCAUGUUAUUUUUUAUUUUUCCUCUCAGGAACAGGAAGCCCGUUCUGUUCCCAGAUAGGAAGCUUUUCCCCACAAGCAUCUCUCCUGUUGUCUCCCAUACUAGAUUCCUGCAUUGCCCAGGUAUCUCUCAUCUCUCUCCAUUCCUAGUUAGGUGUUCUGCUGUUUCAUCUACUGUAUCAGGCUUGAAAAACCUUUCCUCUUCUCCCCAUGUACAUACCUUUCUGUGUAUAAACCUCAAUGCUAACGUUCAUUUCUCUAAAUAAAUAUGUUCACAAACUGUUGCUGUUAGAACAGGUAAAAUCUCUUUAUCAUAACUUAGUGUUUUACAAAGGAUUGUAAGAUCCUCAAGGUGGCUUUCAGGAAAAUAAUUUUAUUUAUUAAUCUUUUUAGAAAUGAGGCGGUAGUUCUCAACAGUGCAUGGCUUUAGACCUUGGUCAGUGCACAGAGGUGUCUCACAUUAAUGUAUGUCUCAGUCUUUUCUAACAGCAUUUCCAUGACUGAUGCCACAUGGGUCCCAAGAAUUGCACUGGAAUGGAAUCCUGCAUCUGGAGUGCCCAAGAUAAGGCAAAGAACACUAUAUACACUCUAGCAAGCAAUUGCUUUCAACGCAUAUUUACGAGCUGCAUAAACAUUUACCUUUAAACAUACCAGAUGUGUAACCUAGCAUUGUAAAACUAACAGAUUCUUGUAAAAAGAGACUUAGUACUUUGUAACCCUAUCAUCCCUCACUGAAAGACUCAUCUUAAAGCACAGUGGGAGCUGGGACUCUUUCCAGAAAGAGAGGUGGUGGACUUGCAGAUAAGUUGGAGACCUCAUGAUGUCAACAUAUUGGCCUAGUGUUAAAAAUAAGAACAACUGCCGCCAGCAAAACAGAAUCAUGUAUGUCAGAAUCUUAAGCACAGUGUGUUUCUCUGAGAGAACAAGCACCUUUCUCAUGCUGAUCAGAACUUUUAGGUGGGGUUGCAGCUAGAACUGCUACUGUAGAAAUUUUUUGUUUACUUUAGUCUGAGUAGGACUUCAAGUUUCUUCAUAUAGCUGAUACACUUUGCUACAAACUACAGGUGGCAGGAAGUCUUUCUGUUCCAGCACAGUUUAAAGUGUUCAGCUGCUCAUCUGAUGUGACAUUUUCUUAGCCUAUGGAUAGUAGAAAUUUCCAUUUUUUCAUAUUAAAAGAGAUUGAUGGAAAUUACUGUUUUCUCCAGUACUGGUUGGUGUGUGGUUUUUGCCUUAAAGUUAAUAUUGGCACUGAAAAUAUCACUGAGUACGUCAUCAUGCAUAGAAUUCAUAUUGCCAGCGCUGACUUCCCUCCUCAGUGUUUUUGCUCUUUCUCCUUUUCUCCCCUGAUGCUUACCCUUACUUCAUAUGCUUUUUCAAUUGCUCACUUAUUUCUCCACUCUCUUGCAGAUCACCCUCUGUGAAAGGGAACAUGCUGUCUCCUGCAGUAUGUGUAUGCACACCCCUUCCAGCAGCAACCAGGCUCUGUACUGACUUGCACUUGGGUGCAGGGUUCGGUAUGUGAAGAACAGAUUGCCUGUUUCCUCAAAGUUAACUCCAAGCUGACUUCUCACUGCAAAUGGACAGCUUGUCAAAGAUGAGGCUAGGGGGAGCAGCUUCUUACUGUCUCAACUAUGGAAGGCCAACUUUGUGCUAAGGAAAUUUCUGUGGAAAAACCUCCAGGAGCAAGUCUUCCAUCCUUCAUCGCUUUGCUGAAGGUGUACCGAGAACUUCUGGUCAGUAGAAUCCGCAACACGCAGUGUUUGAUUGACAACUUGAUUAAGAAUGACUACUUCUCCACUGAAGAUGCAGAGAUUGUUGUCCAAUUUCCAACUCAAGCAGAUAAGGUUCGCAAAAUUCUAGACUUGGUUCAGAGCAAGGGAGAAGAAGUCUCAGAAUAUUUCAUCCGUGUCCUGCAGAAAGUCACUGAUGCUUACUACGAACUUCAGCCUUGGCUGGAUGAAAUAGGUUACGAGCCUUCAGAGAAUAUCUGUAGUAAACCUGUAGUCAAUACAGAUCCAGUUAGCAGGUAUUGCCAGAAGCUCCGAUAUGAACUGGGACGGGACUCCAAGUUUGUCGUGUCCUACGCUCAGAGGGAAGAGAUGCUGCUUGAAGAAAUCUACUCUAACAGUAUUAUGGAGCUGGUCAGUUUUAACAAUGAGAGUCUAGGCAAAGUGUCUCAAUUAGAAGCCCUUUUUGAUGAUGCAGUUGGGGUAAUUAAUGAAGAUGGAGAGACUAUUUAUGUCUUUGGUGAUGCAGGAAUUGGAAAAUCCAUCUUGCUGCAAAAGAUACAAAGUCUUUGGGCCAGAAAAGAAUUGGACAUAGGGGCCAAAUUUUUCUUCCGUUUCCGAUGUAGGAUGUUUAGUUGCUUUAAGGAAGAUGAAGCCGUAUGUUUGAAAGACCUACUCUUCAAAUACAAUUGCUACCCAGACCAGGACCCCGCAGAGGUGUUCCAUCACAUCUUGCAAUUCCCUCAUACAGUUCUUUUUACAUUUGACGGCUUCGAUGAGAUCUAUUCCAACUUUGAUCUCAGUAGUGUUCCUGAGAUGUGCUCGCCCAAUGAAGCCAUCCACCCCCUGGUGCUGCUGGUAAGUCUUCUCAGAGGAAAGCUUCUUAAGGGAUCCAAGAAAAUUCUUACAGCAAGGACAGGAACCGAGAUCCAAAGAAACAUCAUUAGAAAGAAAGUGUUGCUCCGUGGUUUCUCCAGCAAUAACCUGAAGGAGUACACUGCCAUGUUUUUCAAAGAUGAGGGGCAACGAACACUGGUGUUGAACCAGUUGGAAGCCAACCCCAAUCUCUGCAGUUUAUGUUCAGUGCCUUUAUUUUGUUGGAUUAUCUUUAAGUGCUAUGAACACUUCCAUUCCAUGUCUGACAGCCACGAGCUUCCAGACUGUUCUGUUACAUUGACAGAUGUAUUUUUGCUCAUGAUUGAAGUCCAUCUGAACCGAUCUCUGAAAACAAGUUUGCUGAAGAAUAACACCAGGAGCCAGGCCGAGAUGCUCAAAUCAAGAAAGGAAACUCUUCUAGCUUUGGGUAAAAUGGCAUACAAAGGGAUGGGGAACUCUUUCUUUAUCUUUGAGCAGGAGGAGGUCUCAUCAGCGAACAUCUCUGAAGAAGAUUUGCAAUUGGGCUUUCUCAGGACAGUUAAAGGUUAUAGUGGCUGUGACAAUCAGUCCACUUACGAGUUCUUGCACUUAACCCUUCAGUCUUUUUUCACAGCUUUGUUCCUGGUUAUUGAAGAGAAAGUUGGCACCAAGGAGUUACUUCAGUUUUUCAAUGAAUGUUCUUCCACUGAGAUUGCCCAGCCUACUUGCCUUCGUAUUCCUUGGUUGAAAAAACAACUAGCAGGGGAGGAUCCCUUCCGAAAUAAUGAACACUUUCACUUUACCAACCUGUUUCUCUGUGGCCUGCUUUCUAGAUCCAAGCAGAAGCUUUUCAGACAUUUAGUUUUGCCUGCAGUCAUUAAAAGGAAAAGAAAGGCGCUCGUCACGUACCUCGGGGAGAGCAUGAAAUCCCAUCUGAAAGGCCUCACUCGGGCAAGGCUUCCAAACUACAAUCAGAUCCAGGUCCGGCCCAACUUUGUUUGGAUGCUGAGGUGCCUUUAUGAGACCCAGAGUGAGAAAGUGGGGAAACUGGCUGCCAAACGCAUGCACGCCAAUUACAUCAAGCUCACCUACUGCAAUGCCUACUCUGCUGACUGCAGUGCCAUUUCCUUUGUCAUGCACCACUUUCAAAAGCGCCUGGCUCUGGAUUUGGACAACAACAAUAUCAAUGACUAUGGAGUAAAACAGCUGCUACCUUGUUUCAGCAAGCUUGCAGUGAUCAGGCUCAGUGUAAAUCAGGUCACAGAUCACGGAGUGAGGAUCUUGUAUGAAGAACUCUCCAAGUACCAAAUUGUGACUUUCUUGGGCUUAUACAACAAUCAAAUCACUGAUGUCGGAGCUAAAUAUGUGGCAAAACUAAUUGAAGAGUGUUCGAGCCUUGAAUACGUUAAAAUAGGAGCAAACAAAAUAACGAGUGAAGGAGGGAAGUGCCUUGCCCAGGCCAUCCAGAAGAGCAAGACAAUGUUUGAAAUUGGGAUGUGGGGUAAUCAAGUUGGAGACGAAGGAGCAAAGGCGUUUGCAGAGGCCCUGAGGAACCACCCCAGGUUAACAAACGUGAGCCUCGCAUUCAAUGGCAUCACGACAGAGGGAGGCAAAAGUAUUGCUGAAGCUAUGCAACACAACAACUCUGUGAAAAUAUUCUGGCUGACUAAAAAUGAGCUGGAUGAUGAGGCAGCAAUGAGUUUUGCAGAGAUGCUGAAGGUCAACAAGAAACUGGUGCAUUUAUGGCUUAUCCAGAAUAAAAUUACAGCCAAAGGGGUGAAGUACCUCAGCGAAGCUCUCAAGGAGAACACAGCUAUUAAAGAAGUCUGUCUGAACGGGAACCUGAUAAGCCAAGAAGAGGCCAAAGCUUUUGAAAAUGAAGAAAGGAUCAUUUGCUUUUGAAUGAGGACUUCCCCAUUUUGACAAGCUUCGUGUUACAAAGGUUGCUCCUACCCUUGGACUGCAGAGUUUAUAGAGGUGUAAAUCUGCAGUGCUCACGGCAGGAGAGAGAGAGAUCCGUCUGAACGCGCCGUGGUCCCUCAGCUCCAUCCCUUACCCCCACUGUUACUCUGAAUCCUUUUGGUGAGUGGGAAGCUGCCUGGGUAAAUAACUCGUGUUUGUUUGGUGCUUUGAAGAUGAAAUGCAAAGUGUUAACAGACUGAACCCACCGGCAGGUGGAUGCAUUUUGAUAACUGAGUUUAGAUAUCUUCUGUACACUGAUGUAAAUAAUCUCUUAACUUAUUUAUAUGCAUAAAUAGACAUAUAUAUGCAAGAAAAGGUGCCAGAUGCACAAACUCCACAAGCUCACGGUAUUAUCUGCCUCGUAACUGAAAAUCAACAUCUGCAGCUUUACUGGAAACAUAAUCAAUCUAUAAUAGUUGCACGGUACCAACAUUUUCAACAUGAAUUACCUUUCUCCUGCCUAGAAAUUCGGCCCUUAUUUCUCCACUGACUGCAGGCAGCAUUGUAGACACUGCUUUUUGCUUUUCUUUUUUGAGAAAUGGAUACAUCAGGCUCAGAUUACUUUCAAUAUUUUUUUCCAUAUUGGAGGCAAUACAUUUUCUUUUCUAGGACCAGAAGCCCUUACUGCCGUCAGUGUAAAAGCAUAAAACUGGCAGUAAAACCACUUUUGCUUAAAAUUUCCUGAGGGCUGCGUAGAAACUGCUACCUCCUGUUUUCACAGUGUUUGUUCUGGGGAGGGGGUCUGGAGCUAAAUGUGAAAUAUUAAUUAGCAGGCUGUUCAUUGCCUUGGCUCUUGGCCUAGACACCGUGCUGAUGCCAAUACACCAGUAUUAAGUUGCUGGGAUUCACUGGGGGGAAAAGGGCAAUUGAAAAUCAAUUGCGUCAAGUAGAAAUCCCUUCUCCCAGAAACAUGUAAGCACAGGGAAGGAUUGAGAUUUGCUUGGAAAGCUUUUAUUCUAUGCUUUAAUUAGUGGAAAGAGCAAGGCAAGGGGCAGGUAGUAAUGAUAAGGACCAGCAAGAAAACGUUUUUCCCCCAAAAUAAUUAAUAUUUAGGGAGUGUAACUUUAGACGCCCUUAAAAGAAACCAGUUUGCAAAGGAGUGGGGUAUUUGAUUAUAUUUUUUGUGUGCAAAUUAGUCAUGCUUUAUAAAGGUAAACUAAAAAUCUACCCCACACUGUGUACAAGGAACCUAAAAUGGAAAACCAUGAUCCAUUUUCCUUCCUUCUCCCGUGUUACCACCCCCCACCCCACAACUUUGAGAAACGAUUCUCCAGUUGCUGACUAACCCACAAAACCUUAGUAGGCUGGAAGAAGAAUCUCAUUAAAAUGCCAAACCGAUGAACCCUCACCUUCUCAUCUCCCCAAUCUGCCCCAUAAAGCAAAAUGUGAAAAAAGGGCUUGCUUUAUAGGUCAGUUUUUCCAUUUCCUGUGUGGUAGCAGACCUUUCCCAGUCCCCAACUCUGUCUGCUCCCCUCGGCUCCCUAUACACAUUUUAAAACACUCGUAAAGCUUUUCACGUAACCCGCAGUUAAAAAAAAAAAAAAAAAAAAAAAAAAAAAAAAAAAAAAA